UUCAGCACCACGGACAGCAGCCGGCGCUCUGCUUGCGAUGCUCAGCCGCCCCUCCGGUGCCGCUGUGGGCGUCGCUGUCACAGGGAUGUGGGAACCGCCACAAUAGUCACACGGGCAAGGAGCUGGCUUCGAUACUUUAACUAUAAGUGCCACUACCGCUGGAAAGAAAGAAAUCGACUCGUCUUAAUUUUUUCUGUCAUGCAUUUUAGGCUGCGAUUUUGCAUUUUUAGAAACCACGUUUAAAUUGCAUCGCUCCUGUUGGGCUGAGCAUAAAACAGUUUGGAGAUCUCGUCGUGCAAAGAUACAACGCAACUCAUUCGUCCUUUUGGAUAUUCGGUAUAUAUCGUAGGAAAACUGGAUAUCUUACGAGAGGAUGACACAUUUUCCUCUCAACAAGAUUAUAAUGUUAAAAACUGUUGAAUUCAGACAUGCAUAAAACUGAACCCGGUACAGCGUGUGCAGAGUGUGUUCAGCAGCAUGUGUGCGCUCAGGAGGACCUCCAUACGAAUGGAGACUACUCGAUAUUUUGGACAGAGUGUUCCCAGCAGCUUACGUGUGACGAGCGGGCAUUAACCUUCUCGCCGGAUCGGAGAAGUUAAGAAGCGACGGCAAAAGCCGCCCCGGUAACAUCAUCAACUCCGACUCGAAGAUAAUGUCAAUUCACGUUGAAGUCGCCCUGAGUUUUCACCCAAAGGGAGGCGAUCCAUGCCCGCUUGAAGACUUGUGAUGAACUCGGUUCCUCCCUGGAGUGAAGCAUGAUGAGGAUGUGUGACAGAGGACUUCAGAUGCUCAUUACCACCGUGGGAGCUUUCGCCGCUUUCAGCUUGAUGACAAUAGCGGUGGGGACCGAUUACUGGCUCUAUUCGAGAGGCGUAUGCAGGACUAAGACCGCCAGUGACAACGAGACCAGUAGGAAAAAUGAAGAAGUGAUGACCCACUCAGGACUCUGGCGGACCUGCUGUCUAGAAGGAACCUUCAGAGGCGUCUGCAAGAGGAUCGACCACUUUCCUGAAGAUGCUGACUACGAGCAGGAUGCUGCGGAGUACUUACUGCGGGCCGUCAGGGCAUCCAGUAUCUUCCCCAUCCUCAGUGUGGCGCUGCUCUUCCUCGGGGGGCUCUGUGUGGCUGCCAGUGAGUUCUACAGGAACCGGCACAACGUCGUCCUGAGUGCCGGAAUCUUCUUUGUGUCCGCCGGCCUAAGCAACAUCAUCGGCAUCAUAGUGUACAUAUCGGCCAACUCCGGCGACCCCGGACAGAGUGACUCCAAGAAGAGUUACUCGUACGGCUGGAGCUUCUACUUCGGCGCGCUCUCCUUCAUCGCGGCCGAGAUGGUGGGCGUGCUCGCCGUGCACAUGUUCAUCGAGCGGCACCGCAAGCUGCGGGCCAAGUCGCGUACCGAGCUCCUCAAGAAGUCCAGCCUGGGCCGCAUCCCCAGCUACCGUUACCGCUUCCGCAGGCGCUCCAGCUGCCCGUCAAGCGAGCCGCGCUCCCGCGACACCUCCCCCCUGGGCAAGGCCUUCGCGGGCCCCCCCGCCAGCGCCACUGACAUCUCCAUGUACACACUGUCCAGGGAGCCCAGUAAGGCAGCCAUGAGUGCCCUGCUCAACUCGGAGAGGGAGUUUCUGCAGGCGCAUAACUCCAUCCCCAAGGACUUCAAAGACAGUCUGCACAGUAACACAGCCAACAGGAGGACCACCCCGGUGUGAGAGCCAUCCAG